AUGGACGUCUUACCUAGGGAUCUCAUGCACAAAAUUCUCUUCAUGAUAGAUCACAGAUCCGUGGCGAUGAUGCGUUGCACAAAUAGAUCCCUCCAAACGCAUAUAAACGACCCAUAUUUUAAAUCUGAAUACUCUUCUCGGGUUGGAUCCGGUUUGGUACAUAUCUCGGCGUCUGGCUCAAGUUAUCUCUCCUACAACCCUAACGGCGAUUCUAGGUCACUCAAAACCAAAGAUACCUUAAAGGAGAGUCAUAUCCUGGGAUCUUGCUCUGGCCUUCUACUAGUCUUCAUUGAUGAUCGUCUAUGCGUCGUGAAUCCAGUUACCAAGAAGUUUCGAUACUUUAACCAGUCUUGGUUCAUGCGUUUCACUGGGGUGUUUAGCCAUACAGGCGUUGUUAAUCGGGGAAACAAAAAGCACAUCGGGUUGGUGGUUGAUCGAACCACCAAGAGUUUCAAAAUAGUCCACAUGGUCGAUGUGGGAACAGACUAUGAAAGUAGGUAUAAGUUUGAGAUCAACGGUGAAAACUCAUGGAGACGUCCAAAAACAACGCUUACUUGUCUCUCAAGCGUUCCACUGAAAACACCUGUUUACUUGGAAAGGUCUCUUCACUGGCUGAGAAACGACGGAAGCAUCGUGUCUUUCAAUCUCGAAACAGAGCAUGCACGACUUAUUCCGACCAGUUUUCCCCGGGGAUUGAGUUUAAAAACGCUAUUCACCUUAGGUAAUAAUGGACUAACAUUGAUAUCGGCAACGGAGGAAUACAUUUAUGUUUAUUCCCUUGAGAACAUUCUCCGUGAUCCUAAGUGGGUUUUUGUGAAGAAAAUCCAAAACAUAAUGAUGGACAAAAAGAAGCUUAGUUAUUGGAACUUAGAGGCUUACAACGGCAAGUGUUUAUUGUUGAGGGAGUAUAGGGCGAAGGAAGAAGAACCACUUUUUUGCGACCAAGUGGUUCAUGUGUACGACUUGAGUACUAACAAGUGGGUAGUCAUGGGUUCGAUUCCAGGGUGGUGUAGUGUAAAUCACGAAUUUUUUCAGUUCACACCGUCGACUUCUUAUGUAGUGGGACUUGAUGAGAUUUUGCCUUGGGCUGGCGGACGCAUCUCCUCUCUAAGCACUAUUAUGGCACUGAUUGAUGGAAGCUCAUCAGAAAAGGUGGAAAAACAAUUAGGAAAAGAUCAGCCGGACACAGUUUUUUUUUCUGAGCAAAGUGCUAAAAAGAAAAGAAGAGUGGUGUGA